AUGAGGAUACUAGAGGCCUCUCAAAGAAAAGAAAGCCUCGGAGUGAGGGUUUCCGCUGCCCCUGCCUCUCGCCCGUUCUCUCUUCUCUUCUCUACCGCCGCCACCGCCACCGCCGGCAACGUGACACGACAAGCUCUCCUCUCAAUUCUUCCCAGGUCUACUCCGAUGGCCCUCGUGAAGUCCGGCGCUGAGGAGGAGUGGUCCGACUCUGACUUCGAUGAUGCUUCUGACAACGAGGUCGGCGAAGCUCUGGACUGGCUCGAUGCCGUGGAGGGCCCUGACGGCUCAGCUCGGCCCUCCGGCGCCUUCUCGGCCUCCGGAGGCGGGGCUGCGGCGCGCAGGCCCAACGCACACGGCGGUGUGCUCUCCCGCCCGCUCCAGCCGCUCUCUAACCGCACCCAGAAGCUGGCCUCGCACAUUCGUGCUACCCCCUUGGAGGAAUGGGAAGGUAGGAUGAACGUGGGGAUGUCAAAUUCCGUCACAACUGCAAUCAGGGAUAGCAUAAGGGACACAGCGAUUGGAAAAAUAAGGAACACUGAGAAGGCUGAUCGUGCUACAGUGGAACAGGCUAUUGACCCAAGAACGCGCAUGGUUCUAUUCAAGAUGUUAAACCGUGGUGUCUUUAAUAAUAUAAAUGGCUGCAUUUCUACAGGGAAAGAGGCAAAUGUCUAUCAUGCAACAAAGACGGAUGGCCAGGAGCUUGCAAUAAAAGUCUACAAAACCUCUGUCCUUGUUUUUAAGGAUAGAGACCGAUAUGUUCAAGGAGAUUACCGUUUUAGACAUGGUUAUUGCAAGCAUAAUCCUCGGAAAAUGGUUAAGACCUGGGCUGAAAAGGAAAUGAGAAAUCUUCUACGUGUGAGGGCAGCUGGAAUCCGAUGCCCUGUACCGUUACUCCUGAGGCUUCAUGUAUUGGUGAUGGAAUUCAUAGGGAAAGGAGGUUGGGCUGCUCCUCGUCUCAAGGACGCUGCUUUGUCAGAUGACAAGUUGCGUGAAAGUUACUUUGAGAUAAUUACAACAAUGCGGACUCUCUACCAAAAAUGCAAACUGGUCCAUGGUGAUUUGAGUGAAUACAACAUUCUAUAUUUUGAGGGCCACUUGUACAUUAUUGAUGUUUCGCAAUCCGUUGAUCUAGAUCACCCUUCAGCUUUGGACUUUCUGAAGGAAGAUUGCUUGCAUGUUUCUGACUUCUUUAAAAAACGAGGUGUUCCUGUCAUGACAGUAACUGAUUUAUUUAAUUUUGUUAUUGAUCAAAGCAUUUCCGAUGAAGAUGUCGACGAUUACCUGGAAAAGGCUCAGCAAAAGAUUUUGGAAAAUGGAGGUGCAGUUCCAAACGAUGAUGAAAUUACUCCAACAGUCAUGGUGCAGACGUUGGAUUAUGUGAAGCAAUGUGAGGCAGACAUUGUCAACGUGUCAAUAAUGCAACGCUCAUCCUCAGGCUAUGAGCCAACAGCAGAUAAGCUUUAUGACCAGCCAUUGUUAGGAUUUGUGCGGUCUAAAAACACACACGUUGAAAAGGAGCAGGAGCAAGAACAACCGGCACAAAAUAUGGUGGAGGUUGAAGAAGAUGAUAGCGAAUCUUGCUCGAGUUCCGAUGAAGAUGAUGAUUCGUGGCACGAGGUUGAUCCCAAGAUGCGGCCCGAGGAAAGGAAGGCUGCUCGGAAGGAAAACAAGAAGAAAGUGAAGGAAGAGAAGAGGGAGGCCCGCAAGACCAAGAUCCCAAAGGCCGAGAAGAAGAAAAGGAAGAAAAUGGCGAAGGCAAAGUGCAAGCGGUAG